AUGGCAUCAGGUUCUAGUUCCUCUGGUUAUCACGCCGACGGAAAGUCGAAUCUUAACGAUGCGGAACAUCACGUAUUUGAUAUUAAAGUUGGUACCAUUAAUCAAUUAAGUAGUUCUUCUAUAGAAAAAAUUCCAACUGAUAAUGAGGAUCAAAAUACUUCACGAUUGAAUUUAUUCGGUCCUGUUGAUUCAUUUAUUAAUAACAUCAUUAUUAAUUUAAAAAAUGAUAACAAUGAUUCUCAUUCUGCUGCACAGGCUGUUUCUUCUUCAUCCACGGAUACCCGUCAGUUGAAAGAAAAGGAUAGUGUCCGAAUUAUUCAGAGUGACUUCAUUGAGAAUAUUGACGAAAGUUUUGUUGAUUACUCAAAGUUUUACACGGAUCCUUUAGUAAAAUUUGAACAAUCCUUUAUAGCUGAAAAGGAGGAAAAAAAAGCUAACUGA